AUGACGAAGACAGCAGACUUGACAGCUUGCAACGGAACGACAACGAAUUCGCAGAAACCAUCGACUACUACAAUCAGUACAAUAGCGAUUAAUGCUGGUGACAAAGCGACUAUCGUCGUUGCUUUGUUGAAGAGUAUUGGAUAUGCUUCCUUACGCAUUGACGAAAUGCGACCUCGGAUGUUGGAACUUGGCGAGAAUGCUGAGGAAAGUAGUGCACUAUUGGCUAUCCACGACGACCUCAUGAAAAAACUUAAGAGUAAAGAAAAUCAAGUAGAAGAGUUACUCGCACGUGCUGAUCAUUUAGUAACUCAACAGAAAGAACCAGACGUGUACGUGUAUGAAGCGAUGGCGGAAAAUUUGGGUUCAGCAUGGAAAGAACUUAAUCGACAGCUUCUAAUGCGUGGAUUUUUACUUGCUGAAACUGUUCGGUUUCACCAACUUGCGAAUCGUCAUGAAAAAGUUAGUUUGGAUGUACGGAAUAUUCUCCAACAAACGAUUCAUCGACCAAACUCGAGCGAUCUAAAUGAUACUGUGCAACGUAUUCAGCAACUUUUCAAUGAACUGAUCGACGUAACUGCGUCAGCCGUUGACAGCGGAGCUGACUUGAUAACACAUAUCCGCGUGUUAGGCGCUAUGGCAGAUAAUGUUGAAAGUGUUCAAGAAACGGCGGAAGCAUGUUUACUGAUCGAAAAAAUUAUGCUUAAAAUGGCAGCUGAGUGGGAAGUGCUGGAAGAAACGUGGAAAAAUGAACGAUGCAAGUUAGAAAUGCAAAUUGACGAGAGUGGAACGAUUCUAGCGCAUAUUGAAGAAAUUGAAAGUUGGCUUCGAAACGGAAGAAUACAACUUAACGAUGCGCAAAAUAUCAACACGUUAAUGCAACAAACUUUGAAGGAACGCAAAUCGCUCAGUGAUAUUAUAUCAAUGAUUGAACAGAGUAAGUCAAAUGUGAAUCUUCGUGGACGAACGAGAAAACUACAAAGCGAUUUAGAUCAGUUCAUGCAAGAAAUUAAGCAGAAGAAAGAUGAAAAUGAUAAAAUUAUUGCUUGGACUGCAGCAGCAAAUGCAAUGUUGAAUCAGUUAGGAGCAAUGGAAAUGGACAUGCGCAAUGCAAAUGCAGCAAUGGCAAAUGAACUUGCGCCUCUUGCAAGGCAAAAGGCGCAAACGGUAAUAGAAGAUGGUCAGAAACUUGCACAUCUUGACCAUCGAGUCAAUCGAUUUAUCGCAGAUAUCCGAAAUAAGUUAAAAGAGAUUGAAGAUUUAGCUUCAGAACGAAUUGAUGAAAGUAAAGGACUGCUCAAAGAUCAAUUGUUUCGUUUUGAGAAAUGGCUCACAAAAACAGAGCAAGAUUUGACGACUUGCACUCGUCUUGGGUCUAAUUUUAAUGAAGCUAAUCAGUUCCAUCAAAUACAUAAAAGCAUUGUUACUGAAAUUAUCAGCAGGAAUUCAGAACUCAACGCGCUGUGUAGCAAAUUUCAUGAAUUGAACGAAACCGAUCGUAAACGGCUAGAAAAACUCAAACAUAGGUAUGAGUCGCUAAAAGAAACUGUGGAUACACGUCUUAACCUUUGCACUGCUUUCCAACAGGUGCACAAGUUCGCCAAGGAGCUUGAAAGCUCGUUUGAAAGUUUAAGUGCUUUGAUUAAUAAUAAUUGUUCCUACAUGAAUGAGAAACUUCUUGUACAAAUGAAAGAAGUAUUUCGUAUGAUUGAAGAAACAAUUAAGCAAGAAAGGCAUCAAGGGGAAAAGUUUAUCGAGACAGCUCAAUUAAUGGCUUCUAAAGAUCCAAAACUCAGUAUCGAAGAAUCAGUAAAUUCAGUACGGAAUGUAUUAAAUGAACAUGAACAACGUCAUAUAAAAAUGCAGGAGACUUGGCAACAAUGGCAACAGAAUCGAAUGCAACAGCAGAAAGUCAUUCGAAUAGUUGAAGAAGUGCAAAUGUGGCAAGAAGAAACAAUUGAAAUAAUUCGUAUGAUCGAAAAAAAAUUGAGUGAAGCAAGAAUCGUAGAAGAACGGGAAGAAGUACGAAAAACUGUCGAAGAAUUAAAGGAACGUUUCUUAGAGCAGAACAAACGAAUGGAAGAAGUUGAACAAAUUUUAGAAAAAACCAAAAAUGAAGAAGCAGUUGGAAAAAUAUUGGCAACCAAAAAGCGACAGGCAGAAAUUAAACGACGGAUGGACGAUAUAUGGAGAAGAAUAGAGACUGAAAAAGAAAUCAUUAUCCACGAAGAAACAAUGAAGUUUACGAAGGCCCCAGAAAUUCUAAGCCAUUUACAUGAUGCUCAAGUUGACGAAGGGAGUCGAUUUGAAUUUUCAGCACGCAUUGAAAGUGAGCCAAUUUCGGAUGUUCAAUGGUUUAAGGAUGGUCGAUGUGUGAAGGAUAAUAUGGACUAUCGUACGGCAUUCAUUAAUGGAAUCGCUACUCUGACGAUCGAUGAAACCUUCAUUGAAGACACCGCUGUCUACACGGUGCGUGCAGAAAACAGCGCUGGUGUGGCAGAAUCUUCCGCGAAACUUGUAGUAAAAUCUCGAAGUGAGAUGGAAUCUCAGUUGGAGGAACAGUUCAAACCUCGCUUUGUGAGACAACUGCGUAAUAUCGGCAUUACGGAGGGUGAAGAUGUUUUGCUUGACUGCGUCAUUGUUGCCGUACCUGAACCAAAGAUAGUUUGGUACAAAGACGGGAUAGCAAUUAAAGAAUCGGAGCAUAUAGAACUUCGCUUUGAAGGCGAUCACUGUUCUUUGAUAAUUAAGAAUGCUAGUCUAAGUGAUGCUGGACUUUAUACCGUCAAAGCGAAUAAUGUAGUUGGAGAAGCGACAAACUUCUGUCGUCUAUCUGUGAAACCAGUUGAAAUUGCUCAAGAAGUUGUCGUACCAACUGGCAUGCCUUCAAAAUCUCCUGUUUUAUUAGUUGCACCAUCUUUCGAUCCACCCCUUAUCAACCAAAUUGUUCAAAAAGGUUCUAAAGCAAUCUUCGAGGUACGUGUUUUUGCUAAGCCAUCAGUGAUGGUGCAUUGGAAGUUUAACGAUAAACCACUGCAUGAAUCACGUGAAAUACGCAUAGAGAAGGAAAUGAACGGAUGGCACCGAGUUAUCAUUGAAAAUGUUUACCCUGAGCAUUCUGGAAUGUAUACGGUUAUAGCUGAGAAUGAAGCUGGUGAAGCGCGAUCUGGUGCAACUCUUAAUGUAAAAUCUCUCGAAAUACCUCUAGAAAAAAAGGAUAGAGUCGUUAUUCGAAACAUGAGUGAGGGUUUCUGGAGUGAUUCUGCGCUCAUGUCAUCACCAACUCCGCCACCCGUACCUAGGCAUCGUUAUUCAGAAACAGAAGAAUUCAUGGAAAAACAUCUCACUGAAUAUGCAUGCAGUCCUACUGCCACUACACCGGAAUUUAUUCGACCAUUUCAAAACGAAUACGUAAUCAGUGAAGGAAAAAAGUUCAAGAUAGAUUGCUUACUGAUCGGUAAUCCGAGGCCAAAGGUCCAGUGGUUUUUCAACGAUCAAAUUAUUAAUGUCAACUCGAAAUUCUGUACGAUCUCGAAUUUCGGUGAUACAUAUUCGAUGAUUUUGAAUCCAGCCAGGCUAGAUCAUACUGGCGCUUACAAGAUGACUGCAGAAAAUAUUCGUGGUAAAACAGAAUCUGUGUUUACUGUUCGUGUGUUACAGCGAUCCUUAAAACCAAGUUCAGUUGAGCACAUUCAGAUUACAGAAGAAUAUGGAUCUUAUGAGUUUGAACAAAUAGUGCCUGAUGAACGAUUUUCACUGCAGGAUGAAGAACAACGUCGCCUAGCAGCUAAACAACACCCGACAAGACUUCUCACUCCCCCUCCCGCUAAAAAGCAGCAAUUGCUAACAACACAUCAUCAGAAGCAGUUAUCAGACGAGUAUGAAACAGAAGAAAGUCGAGUAAUAGCUCGACCACCACAUUUCAUCCAAACACUGGUUUCUGCGGUAGCUACUUGCGGGGAUAAUGCCACAUUUCAAGGCAUUGUUACUGGAUGGCCUACUCCAGAGGUUAGUUGGACGAAGAAUGGUAUUCCAUUAUCCAAGAGUACGAACCCUGAUUUGACUUUCUCAAAUAUCGGUGGUCGUGUGUCAUUAAGCUUCUUUGAUGCAAAGCUUGAGCAUGCUGGUAAAUACAUGUGUACUGCCAAGAAUACUUCGGGUGUCGCUACUUCAAGUGCUCAACUUGUUGUGCGACCUCGCACAAUAGCGCCCGAUUUUAUACGUCGAUUGAUUAGCGAAGAAGUGGAAGAAGGUGAUGAGUUAAAAUGGUCAGUUCACGUGACUGGUGACCCUGUACCUAAAAUAACCUGGUUGAGAGAUGGUGUAAUUAUUCCGAACUGCAAUGAAGUGCAGCUGAUUGAUGAAGGAAAUGGCGUCCAUUCGAUAAUUAUUGUCAAAGUUGAACUAGCUGACAGUGGACAGUUUACUUGUCUUGCGGAAAAUAUCGCUGGUGAAGCGCGCAGUACGGCUGAUUUAGUUGUUCGACCUGCUGGCUCCCAACCAGGCAGUUACUUUCACGUCACAAAAGUCACGCAAGAAAAACAGAUGAAAGGUGAGGAAGUGAAUAGAAAUGAAAGCUGCGCAAUUGAAAAUCCACGCUCGAUGUCGGAGAGCAAAUAA